AUGUAUACUGUUACUUUUCAGGAUAAGCACGAGUUUGAUCUAAUCAAACUUAUCGAUGACAAUCACCUUGACGUUUACCAACGCAUGAAGUUAAUUAACUAUAUCAGAAAGCAGAAUUUCAAUGCUGUUUGCUUCAUGUGCCAACGUAGUGAUCUUGGAAACACACAAGAGCUUGCAAAACAUCUGCAGGAAGUUGAAAAACCUAUCACGAAGCUUCCCGAUAGUAAAGUGUGGGACACAGAAGAGACGCUCGUUCCCAUUUUCGGUAAUGAUCAUUUGCUAUGGAGACUAGAAUCGUUCUUGGAGAGUCGCGAUGGUGCCAGUGAUGCCGAAGAAGCUUCCCGUCGUGAGAACGAUAAGAAGAUUUCUAAUUUCAUUGCGGAG